AUGAGAGUGGUUUUGCUGGCCCUCAGACUCAUGUGCAUGGCUGGACUGUGGCCUGUGACGCAGCUCAACACUGGCCACUUCAAGAGGAGGCACAAGGAGCACUACCUGGGAGACACCGUCAAGCAGAAGCAUGCUGGACGAGUGGAUCCUAAGAUGAAAAAACUCGACAGCACCAAGUCAAUGCUAAUUAAGUCUGAGCAGCUGCUUCGAAUAGAGGAUCAUGACUUUGCAAUGCGACCAGGAUUUGGAGGUGGAGCCCUCCCUGUGGGCAUAGACGUUCAGGUAGAGAGUAUUGACAGCAUAUCUGAAGUCAACAUGGACUUCACCAUGACGUUAUACCUGAGGCAUUACUGGCAGGACAUCCGCCUGGCCUUCCCCUCCAGCAGCAACAAGAGUCGGACUUUUGAUGCACGGCUUGUGAAGAAGAUCUGGGUUCCUGAUGUGUUCUUUGUCCACUCCAAACGCUCCUUCAUCCAUGACACCACCAUGGAGAACAUCAUGCUGAGGGUGUAUCCAGAUGGCCACAUCCUCUACAGUGUCAGGAUCACAGUGACUGCUUUGUGUUCAAUGGACUUCAGUAGUUUCCCACUGGACACACAGAACUGCUCACUGGAGCUGGAAAGCUAUGCUUACAAUGAGAACGACCUCAUGCUCUACUGGAAGAAUGGGAAUGACUCCUUGAGGACGGAUGAGAUGGUGCUGUCACAGUUUUUCAUAGAAGAUUUCCAGCCUUCCUUCGGGCUCGCCUUUUACAGCAGCACUGGGUGGUACAAUCGGCUCUAUAUAAACUUUAUUCUGAGGAGGCACAUUUUCUUCUUCAUGCUACAAACGUAUUUUCCCACAAUGCUCAUGGUCAUGCUAUCCUGGGUGUCCUUUUGGAUUGACCGGAGGGCUGUACCGGCACGAGUCUCUCUAGGCAUCACCACAGUCCUGACCAUGUCCACCAUCAUUACUGGUGUGUCCGCCUCCAUGCCACAGGUGUCUUAUGUCAAAGCUGUGGACAUUUAUCUUUGGGCCAGCUUCCUGUUUGUAUUCCUGUCUGUCAUCGAGUAUGCAGCAGUCAACUACUUCACAACAGUGGAAGAGAUGAAGAAACUUAAACGAGCAAAGGUGCCUGCUUCUUUCAACAACACACAGGCCAUGGCUUUUGAUGGCUGUUUCCAUGACAAUGACAUAGACUUGACCUCUUUCCCAGAGAGUAGCCCAAACACAGAGAGGAACACUCGGGCACGUAACUCCACUGUCUCCACCCCUACAGAGGGCACAAGGCUCCGCUGUAAACCACCUUUAAAACGCCACCUCAGCUUCAUCAUGAGCAACAGCUACAUGAUCGACUCCUAUUCCAGAGUCAUCUUCCCCCUCACUUACCUCCUUUUCAACAUCAUUUACUGGAGCUUGUACUCAUAG